AUAGACAAUAUCAAUUUGUGAUCUGGAACAGUUGUUGCAGCUGCGGAUAAGACUGCCUGCAAAAUGUUGCGUCUAACAAUCUGCCUGUUGGUGGCCAAAACGGCAUUCGCUACAAAUGCGUUCCCGAUUGACAAUACAGGCUACCAUCCAGUCGGACCGGACACCAACCUGGUGUUCAACUUCCAGCAAAUAAGAAGGGACCAACCCGCGCAAGUCGAGAUGAGGGAAGAAAACAUUCACAAGUACAUGAACAGACCUAGAACGACUAGUACCACCCCCGUACCUAUCGAUAACGGAGAUAUGAGCCCAAUGCGUCCAGAGAACCCUAUCCCUUACACCGCAGAGCAGUGGAAUGCAGUGCUAAAUGCCCCCAAAUAUGACGGACCAGUCUCAAACUGGAAGAACGUGCCUGCACCUCCUGCCUUCCCCCAUUGGGACAACUUGGCUAACAAACCAAAUAAUUACGAACACCAAUACAGGCAGCCGAUCGUGGUUACGGAGGAGCCAGCCCAAUGGCACGAACCUGAGAUGCGCAGUCGUUCUGUACAAAGCUUUUCUUCAACAGUUGAGCCGAUGACCUUUGCACCAACGUUUGCACCGACGUUUGCUCCAAGGGCACCUAUGCGACACAGCCCUAGAGGGAACCAUAGAUUCAACUGGAAUGAUGUGACAACUCAAGCCCCAACUACGACCCCCAUCAACGUUCCGACGGCAGCGCCCAGUCGUAUGCCGCCUCCACCUGUGCCCACCCUGUCCCCGUGGUAUGACGGUUUCUAAACCAGCUGAUUUGGCUUAAUGAUGUGCAUUAAAAACAAAUUAAUAAACGACUGAUACUUCAA